UCCUAUGGGACGCGGGCUCUCCGUUAGAUCCGAAAUGGCGUCGGAUUCCAACUCCAUUCUGAAAACCUGAGCUGAAAAAAAAAACACACAAAAACCUUCCGAGUCGCCGUGCUUAAUAUAAGUGACUUGCUUAUUACAAAGAUGGCCGACGACGAGAGAAACUUCUAAAAAAACAAAACAAAACGAAGCUGAUUCUGAACUGAAAUUUAAACACAAGGCAGCGUUUCUUAUCGCCGAACAACGCGUCCCAUUAUCCUUGCAAUUGUCUUUUUUUUUUUCACUGUUUACUACUGGACAAGAUAUAUACAAUUGCGAGCCGUUUAAAAACAUUACGUUUUAAAUUUAAAAAAAAACGCGACUCCUUAAAACGAUAGACGACUGAGCUGAACAAAAAAAAAUACUUGUAGAAUUUAAUUAAUAAUAAUAAUAAUAAUAAUAAUAAUAAUAAUCAGAAUGGACCGAACUAGUCGUAGGAGCAGCGAGUCCAGCAGCAGCCCCGCCGCGGCGAGAGGGAUCCCGCCGGCCGCCAACGUGUUUGCAAACGACGGGAGCUUCAUGGAGCUCUUCAAGAAGAAAAUGGAAGCAGAGAAGCGACAGAAGGAGAGAGGCGAGGAGAAGGACGAAGAAGAAGAAGAAGAGGAGGAGGAAAGAGGACAGGCCGUCAAGAGGGCGACGGGUGAAGAGCCGGCACAGCCUCCGCCAAAGACUGGCGGGAGAGUGACGAGCAUUGUGGGCAAGCGGAGAGGAGGCACCAAGCUGGCCCUGAAGACUGGGAUGGUGGCAAAGAAGAAAAAGCUGGAAUCGGAGGUCGAUGCAGAUAAAGGAGACGCGUGGCACAUGUACAUGGCUGAGGUUAAAAAGUACAAAGCACACCAGUGUGGCGACGACGACAAGACCAGGCCGCUAGUGAAGUGAGACGCCCGCCCGCCCGCCAGACAGGAGCAGCUCUUCCACAUCACAGUGACUCGACCACAACCCACCCCCCCACCGGCUGUGGAGCGGCUUCAUCUGUGCGCUCUUUCUCUCCACCCCCCCAGAAACCAAACUGCUGUCAAAAUAAUACCUGUCAAGAUGCUUUAACCCUGCUCCGGAUCGGGGGGGGGGGGCGGGGGCGGGGGGGCGUCUGUGUUUUUUUUGUUUUUGUUGAGGAUUUUAUCGUCUGCAUAUCGUGGGACUCUUUGGAAGUGCGGGGGCUGUUAUUUCAGUGCUGGGGAGGGGUUACUCAUGAUUGUAGUCUGCAGUGCUGUGGAGUGCAGUUGAACUCUCAGGUUGUGAUGUCAUCGACGCGUGGAGAGAUGUUCGACUCCCCCUCACUUCGAUUUUGGAGACGCGAGGGGUUCAGAUGUACGGCCUUGAGUCUUGGAACCAGGAUGUUUGGAUUUCAAUAUCUCAGCUUCUUAAGAGGCAUGCUUUUUUUUUUUUUUGCUUUUUAAAUUAAUUAUUAUUAUUAUUAUUAUUAUUAUUAUUAUUUCUUAACAAAUCUCCCAACUGCUUUAAAAAAAAAAGGAUUUGGAAAAUUGAACACAUUUGCUUCCUAAUCUUAAAAGAAAAAGGUCUAACUGACAAGCAUACUGUUUCGUAGCUGUGAAGUAAAUAUGGUUAAGUGUGCAUGUAGUUAGAAACUCACACUAGCCCUGCUGCUGCUGCUGCUGCACCCAUUAAUAUUGAAAUGAUCAGGAGCCAGGAGUUUGAGCAGGGUUACAAACUCACACUAGCCCUGCUGCUGCUGCUGCUGCACCCAGUCCUGGGGUUCAGAGCUCCCCUCAAUGAAGUCUAGUAUUAUUAUUAAUAUUGAAAUGAUCAGGAGCCAGGAGUUUGAGCAGGGUUACAAACUCACACUAGCCCUGCUGCUGCUGCUGCUGCUGCUGCACCCAGUCCUGGGGUUCAGAGCGCCCCUCAAUGAAGUCUAGUAUUAUUAUUAAUAUUGAAAUGAUCAGGAGCCAGGAGUUUGAGCAGGGUUACAAACUCACACUAGCCCUGCUGCUGCUGCACCCAGUCCUGGGGUUCAGAGCGCCCCUCUAUUGAGUAUACUAGGGACGCGAUCCUGAGCCAGGCGCUUGUGCAAUCAGAUCCCUGUUUUCAAUAAUGUGUUCCUCCCUUCUAUAGCUGCGUGAACUUCACUGGUGGAAUCAUCCAGCCUCGGGUGAGACCUCUCCAGGCGGUGGAGGCGACAGCAAUCACUUCACAGCGUGUGCGUGUGUACCGCACGGUAACUCCGUCAGUCGCUGUGUGGACAAUCGGCCCGCGUUCUCUCCUGUCUGUGUAUCCGUUUACAAUCCACAGCUGUGCUGUCAUGGCAGGGACAGCCUCUGGAACUCCACGGAGUUCAUGCAGACUGUUUUUCGGAUUUCUAAAAAUUACAGUGUUGAAAUGCCAGCUUGCUUUGUCUCGAAGGUUUCAAAAUCAGUUUUUAAUAUCGUCUUUCCUUUAAUUUGCAGCUGUUUUUAGUUCUGUUUUUUUCCACGUUGGUCCGCCCCUAUUAAGAUUCCCCCCCUGCCCCCCCGCAUGGUUAAGUUUAUAGUUCCUUUUUUCUUUUAUUCCUUAAUUGUAAUUGUGCCAAAAGCUUCCUUACUGAGGCUCUUUACACACUCGCGUAUCACGUGUUAGAAAUCCAUAAGCUGUUCCGGGACACGCCUCUGCUGGUUUUCAGAGUGGGAUCGCCUCGUUACAUGUACUGCGUUAAAAUGGCUUUUGAGGGUUUCCCCCGUUUUUUAUAUAUAGCAGAGUCGCUGCUUCACAGCUCCUGCGAAACGUGAAUCAAACGAGCUCCUAUUGGAAGCGACUCUGCAGCAGCAGCAGCAGCAGCAGGUGAUGAUGAUGAUGAUGCAGAGUUCACCCCCCCUAGUCUGUAUAUAGUUUCAGUUUCACGUACUGUACGUUGCUUAAUCGUUUUAUUUUUUAUUAAAGGUUUCUGUUUCAAAGUGGAUUUAAUAGUGUGUUGAAAUGUCUGAUCUUGGGCACGUGUCGCUCCUUGAUCUCCUGGGACCGGUCUGAGCAGAAUAAACGAGGGCUGUUGGUUUGUU